GGUGCGUUCCACCACGUUCCUGCCAAACCUUCAUGCUGAAAUAUCCUCACAACUGAUCUCCCCCUUCUCGCGCCCCCCCAGCUCCGCCGAUUCCGUCGCGCCCGCCUCAUUCGCGAUCCCUCCGCUCCCACAGCUCCGCGGCUGCGCCUUCGCUUCCCCGGAUUCUCGCGUUGCGCCCCCCCAGCGGUCGCCGACGCCAUUUCACGCAAUCAGCGGUCUCGAGUUGGCGUCUUCGCGUCCCCUGAUAUCGAGCCGCUAUCAGCAGUCACAAGUCGCCGUCACGAGUUAUCGGCCGGUCCCAAGGACGUUAGCUCUCCUCGUGGUGUUACUUCCACUCCUUCCGACGCCAUCUGCAGUCUAAUUGACGGCAUCUGCCGGCUGCCGGCAGAGAUGACGGCCGUAGGGGACGAGACGGCGAAGACCGGCGCCGACCGUCAGUUUAGACGGAAGUACGCUCUGACAGACGUGCUGCGGACGUCUGCCGGCCUCGAGUACUCCGUUCACAGUUGAGCUGCCCGCGGCAGUACAAGCAGGACAUGGACUCCCUGUUUCCCGGGCAGGACGUGUCGAAAUUUUUGAUAGUGCCCACGCAGCAGAAGGCGCGAGUGGAUCUGGUGAACACAGGCGAGGAGGUUGAGAAGGAGAAGGAUCGACUGCUGGAGACGUUUGCUGUCUUUGCCUCUGGGCUGGUGGACCGCCUCUCUCACCAGGGUCACUUUGCUGACUACAUUGACCCCUGCUCCGGCCUCCCUAUGGUCAACCGCAACAGUCAAACAUACUAUGGCGAGGUGGAGGCAGCUCAGACCCUGCUGGGCUACCCUGUGGCCAAUGCUGGCUGCUGCAAGGUGCUGCUGCACCCCGCCUGGGGCUCUGCUGUCUAUCCAGCAACAUUCUUCACUUCGGCUCCUCUUGAAGUGCUCUUAGAUGCUUUGAAGCAUGUGGACCAACCCGUAGCACAGAUGUAAUAGGAUCCCUAUCCAUGGAAGGGUAUGUUGCUGCAAGUUGCUGCUGCAUGCAUCCCACUGGGGCGCAUUCUACAGACUGCCAUCAGCUCAACAAAUUGGGCCUUGUACAGCACAUGUGAAGGACAGACAGCAAAGCUACAUGAAGACUGUCUGACACUUCCGAAUGCACUGGAUACACACACUCCAUGAACUGGAGCUAAGCUGAGUCCUGAUCUAGAACUAUACGCGAAACUUAAUACUCAACAGAACGUCAUAAGUCUCAAAGAAGCUUAGGCUAGGAACUAAACUUAGGAACCUAGCUUAGCUAGGAUACUAGGAAGGACGCCAUGCAGGGCUGACGUUUCAAAAAAUAGCACCCU